AUGUCUCGUGAACUAAAAGUGCUGUUAAAACGUGAAAAACAGUUACAAAGUUUCAUUGAACUGAUCGAUAGAUUUGUGGAAAACUUUCAGCCAGAAACGGAUCAACGACAAAUUAGUGUUCGGUUGGAGAAUCUUGAAAGAAUCUGCAAAGAAAUCUACGAUGUGCGUGGCAGAAUUGAAAUUCUUCUAGAAGAGGCGUUGGGAGAUGAAUCGUCGGACGGUGAUGGUGAAAGGAAAGGCAGAGGUGAAGCUGCGGACCAGUCGAGCGAAGAUGAAAAUCAUCUAUUGUUACAGCAAUUUGACGACAAAUACUGUUUACUGAAGGCGGAAUUACUGGAGCUGCAGGGUAGAAGCAUUCCACAUAGUUUCACCGACAAUUUGACCAGACCUUCUUCGACUUUUUCGAAAGUCAAACUCCCUGAAAUUCUUUUGCCAACUUUUGGAGGGAAGUUUACUGAAUGGGUUGUUUUUAGGGAUUCGUUCAAUAGUUUGAUUGAUCAAAAUUCGGAUUUAACGGAGAUGGAUAAAUUUACAUAUCUCCGCGCUGCGUUAUCUAGCGAUGCUUUACAAGAGAUACACAAUAUUGAGCUAUCAGCCGCGAAUUAUACUCUGGCAUGGAAUGCGCUUCGUGAUCGGUAUGAGAAUAAAAAGAUUAUAGCCAAAUCACAUUUAGAUGUUCUUUUUUCUAUCGAACCGUUGAAAAGAGAAAGUUUUGAUGGUCUCAAUCGGUUGAUCAACGAUUUCGAGAAAAAUGUGCAAAUGCUUGAAAAGAUCGGCGAAGAAACUGCAGGGUGGAGCACUCUUCUCGCACAUAUGAUUUGCUCAAGACUUGAUGGAACUACGCUACGUCAUUGGGAAACCAAACAUGCGACGAAGGAGGUUCCAGCUUAUGUUCCACUUAUGAAGUUCUUGAAGACUCAGUGUGCGGUUCUUCAAUCUAUCGAUCCGCAAAAGAAUCCCAACUCACACAACGAUCAACGUCUACAGAAGCAAUCGGUUUGUCACGCUAUGGUUAGGUCUUCAGGAAAAUGUCCGUUCUGCAGUGAAUCCUGGCACUCUGCAUUUCAUUGUGGUCGAUUCCAGCGAAUGAAUCUAGAAGAGCGUAACGAAGCUGUAAUGGAGGCCAAAUUGUGCCGCAAUUGCUUGCAUUGGGGACAUUUGGCUAGAAACUGCGAUAGAGGAAGCUGUCAUCAGUGCCAUCAACGACAUCACACCUUGCUGCAUCCACAGGUAAGAUCCUCCGAAUCGUUCGCGCCGGAACCGAACCAAACAGGCUUUCCGUUAACGAGAACCCAGCAUGAACCACAAGAGCAACCGCAGACGACCAAUCCAACAUCACACACUCACAUUUCUCAGCCAGAAAGCUCACAAAAUUCUUCCGCACCAAAUCAUAACCCAGUUCAGGCUCGAGCCUUACUGGAUUCCUGUUCUCAAAACUGUUUUAUGACAUUGAAUUUUGCGAACAAAUUGAACAUCCGAGAAAAUCCAGUACAUCUAUCGAUCCGAGGAAUCGGGUCAUCUGAAACGGUUUCUACACGAAUGGUGCGAGCCAAUGUAGCAGCAAGAUGCCCAGCAAUUUCAACUUUUUCCGAGGAUAUGAGCUUCCACGUGCUGCCAAGUUUAUCGGUUGCACUUCCAACGACUUCGUUCGAACCUAGUCAACUGAUGCUACCAGAAUCAACGAUUUUAGCUGAUCCAUUGUUCUUUCAAUCGAAUCCAAUCGACGUUAUUAUUGGAGCUGAGUUUUAUUUCGAUCUUCUGACUGAUGCUUUCAUGUUCAUACGUUGUAUCUUCUACCGAGCGCCACCAUUUUCACGUCUGUCAGAUAUCAUCACUUUCGUCGAACAAUCCAAUCCUUCUGCAUGA